CGCAAGUCUAGGCCGCAGUCGGGCUAGGUGUCCGGUCUUGUGGCGUUGGGUUGCUGCCGCGGUGCCGUCCGCGGCCGCUUCUCAAGCGCAGGAUGUUGCUUCUGGCGUUGGGCUCCCGGUGGGCGUCCGGAUUGCGGCUCAGCUGGAAGGGGACGGCAUUGUGGGCGGCCACUGCGCCUCGAGGCCCCAGGACGGCUGUCCCGCGGGCUGCCUCCUGCUGCGGGCUCUCGGGGCCGGUCGGCGGCGGGAGCGCGGGGCUGUGGGGAGCCGCGCCCGUCCUCUGGCGUCCUGGGCGAGCGCAGAUACCUGUUUGUUGGGAAGGAUCUGUUCGAUCCUCACAUACACAACUUGACAAAUCAGAAGAUGGAAGGCUGAUUUAUACUGGGAACCUGGCCCGAGUAGUAUUUGGUGUGAAGUGUUUCUCUUAUUCUACAAGUAUGAUCAGCCUUGCAUGUCUACCAUACUUUCUUACACAAAAUUAUAUUUUAUCUGAAAGUCUUCUUUUGCAAAUCUUAUUUUUUGGCAUCAUAGGAAGCUUUACGGUGAUCACUCCAGUGCUGCUUCACUUUGUUACAAAAGGCUAUGUCAUUCGGUUGUACCAUGAGGCAGCUACAGACACUUACAAAGCCAUUACUUAUAAUGUUGUGCUUUCAGAAAAAAGUACAGUGUUCCACCAGAAUGACGUGAAGAUUCCAGACAGCACGCAUGUGUUCACGACAUUUUAUGCUAAAACAAAAUCACUGUUAGUUAAUCCAACGCUCUUUCCAGACCCUGAAGACUAUAUCCAUCUAAUGGGUUAUGACAAACCAUUCACUUUUGAUAUGGAAGAAACCAGUGAAAACAAACAGGUUAAGGAAGAGAAAUGAGCAUAUU